CUGCGUUCACUGUUGAGGCUUGAGCGAUGAUAAAAAAAAAACAUUUUGUUUACGUUCAACAAUUUCCAGAGUAUAUUUUCCAAAUUUUUAUAUUGUAAACCGUUCCGAUAGUGUCCUGAGUAAUUAUAAACAGAUUGUUGUAAAUGUAGCGCCUCGUAGAUCUUCAAUAUAUAAGCACGGUAAAAUUUAUGUUAAAGUUUUAUGCGAAAAUCGGGCCGGCAAAAUGGACUUGGUGUACUCGAUAUUCCGCAAACAAGCGUGGAAAACACAAUUUCAAAAUGAACAGAUGGAAGAGGAUAUGUGCUUCAAAUGUUUGGCUAAAAUAUCAGCCAACAACGUCGUCGCUUGGGUAACUACUUUUGAUUUGGACGAUCACGUCAACAUUAAUUGGGGUUCACAUGUCUACAUAGCUGACCUUAAUGUUCCAUGGAAAUAUCACAAGAUUAUGUCCAAUAAUUGUACCAUAACUACUUUAGAGUGGGAUAUGUAUGGGUAUUCACUGUUGAUCGGUGACAAGAAUGGUAUAGUAUCGGUAUGGACUUGUAGUACAGACCACAAUCUUACAAACUGGAUACAAGUUGGUUCCAAAGACUUCCGUGGUGAACCUAUUAUAGCCGGUACGUUUUUUCAUCUAGGCAAAAAGUUGAUGCUAGUUAAUGAUAAAGCUGACAAUAUAAACUAUUUUGAGAAAUUCACUUAUGUGCGAUUCACACCUUCUUUACGAGCAUGGGGUGGUACAGGACUGCCUGGUUGCUUAGUUGUAUCUGCAACAGGGAUGAUUGCAGCUCUAUUAAUAAAUGAUUGUGGUGAACCGAUGAUUUCAGCGACAAAUAGUUUAGCUGUAGCGAGAUAUCGUAUAUCUGUUGUAGAUAUUAGCUAUAGACAAAAUGGAAAUUUUCUUAUUGUAACUUCAGAUGGACGACCACGGUCGCCAAUUCAUUGUUAUGAAGUAUCCGUAAAGCUGCUUAAUGAAAAAAGUUGCACCAUAGUAUCUCAGUGGUUGCCUAGCUUUUUCCUGACGUUUAAUGAAACCAUUGACAGAGUUAUAUCACAUGUGAAGUUUUUAUUACGCGAAGGUUCUGAAUCUCUUGUAAUUGGCAGCAACAGCAGUAACGGAUGCAUUAUAGAAACAUGGGAAUUGGUGAAAAAAAGUAAUCCCAUCAAUAAGGUAUUUAAAAAACUGAUCACUGAAGAUCAUCCAACUGUCGGCUGGAUAAAAAAGAAUUCAUUUACAGUCGGUGCUCAACUAACAGCACUAGCAACACCUAAAAUGUCAAUAUCGUACAAUCAAUCAUCAAGCAGUCAAUACGUAGUGGCCGCAUUUAGCAAUCAUCAGGUUUGUUGUUUGUCAAGAGAUUUGACACAACAAUGUUUGUUUGAACUGAGCAGUUAUUGCGAAGACAAUAUUGGAAAAAUAGGAUUAAAUCAUAGUUCCAACAUACAGUUUUCAGAUCUAGAUAUAUCUUAUUUAGGAAAUGUAUUUGUUGUUUGUGAUAAUAUGGGUAAUUUAUAUUUAUUUCAACUACUGUCUGUAGCAGAACUAAAUGGACCAUUAACAGUUGCAUAUGCCACAUUACAACUAGAAUACUGUUUGGUGACCGGUCUUGAUUGGUGGGACUUAGCGAUAUCGUUAAGGCCAAACAUGCUGGAGGCGGUUUGCAAUCGUUUUACUGAGAACUUUCAAAAACAGUCGCAAGUCCUUCAACAAAAAGAGUAUACUUCCUAUUUGAGCAUUCGUUCUUUUCUGUAUAAAAUGAUGCCUGGAGCACAGUUCAAGCGAUCAGACCUCAUGCACUUGAUGACACUUCAUUCCAUAUCAAAUGCAUUCAAGAAUGUAUUACGUGUAAGUGAUAUCAUGGCGGAUCGGGAUCCAGCUGAGAGCCUUACCACAGUUCUUAAAGAACCCAUUGUCGACAUUGACAAGAUUUUACCAAGCUUAGGAGGCAAAGAUUUUACUGUCGAACCCAGUACUCUACAAUCACUUCAUCAACUUAUCCAAUGGGUUGCACAGCUUGCUCUAAACGUAGUUUCUAGAAUACCAGAAUCGCGUGAUACUACUGGUUACAAUCUUUUAAAUGAUUUUUACGCUAUUAACACAAUACGAGAACUACUAGUUAUGAUACGUAUUUGGGGAUUACUGAGGCCUAAUUGUCUUCCGGUGUUUAUAAAAAACAUUGAUAAUUUAGAUGUUCUUUCUGUUACAUUCCGAUUAUUGUCACGUUUUGUUCAACUUUGCGGAGAUCAUGACGAUAUGUUAUUUGAUGAAUGUUAUACACUUCAAAGCCAAGUCGUCAUUAAUCCUAUUUCGUCAGUAGCUGCAGGAAUUCAUGAAGUUGCGUCGCCUGCCCUAUACUAUCAACAUUUGCCUCUCAAACUCGUUUUUGGACAAGAACCAGAUUGUUUGAGGUACAAUACGUCCACCGUUGACACAAUCUCUAACGGCAAACAGCACUCCGACUAUGUAAAUGAUUACGAUGUGAUCAGAAACGUUUACAUUGGAAAGUGUCCAUUGACUGUUAAACAAUGCAAUCGAUGUGAGGGCAAGAUGCAAUUAGUUGGUAGCUCAAGAACCGCAGCAAUAAGAGUUUGGGAAAACAGGUGGGCAAGAAAUUGUCGAUGUGGUGGUAGGUGGCGAACUGUCAAAGUCGGGGGCUAACAAAUAAUUUUUAGUGAAAAAGAAAAUUAAAAAAAUUACUAUUAUAUUUUAUGAUAUCAAUAGUCCAAAUGUUAAACAUAUAUUUUAUAGUAUUUUCCGACCCGCAAUUGACAUAAUAUACUUUUAAGUGUAUUUCCAUUUACAAGUUUAGUCAUUAAUUUAUUAUUAUUAUUAUUAUUUUUAAAAAAGCUGAAAUUGCUACAAUAUUAACAUUAUACUUUUUUUAAAUUUAUUACUUUAUUAUUUUGUUAAAUAUUUUAUUGUUUUAUAUUGUAAUUAACUAAUAAUAGAUAAAUCAAUUGUGUUGAAUUUAGUGUAUCAUUUGGGGUGAUGUUUUAUUGUCCUUUUAGGUAUAAGAUCAUUUUACAAUAAAUUUUGAUCUCUGAAACAUGGGUACGAUACAAUCUAUGUUAAUGUAGAAACCACAAUAUUAUUGUCAUUGUAUUUAAAAAAUGUAUAUUGUCUAAUUAAGUAUGAUUAUCUUAUUUAAUAUAAGAAUAAUUACAGUAUAAUUGAUAAGCAAUUUUUUUUAUUGUAUUAUAUAUUUUAUUAAGUUACAUUAAUAAUGUAUAUAACUCAUCGAAGGAUAACAAUAUAUUUUAUACAUAUAAUGGUGGAUAUAUACUUGACUAUAAUUAAAUGUAGUAAUUUGUUUAUUUUUGUUUUGUAACUUUUUUUU